GAGGAGAGAGGCUUUGCCCAGGUAGCACUGAUUCAUAACUUUAUGACCUCAAUAUCCACAGAACAGCGGGCCCAGCUCUCAAGCCAGGCCCCUCCCCGCUCACGCCCCGCAGCUCCUUUGGCCCCAAGGAACAACCCUGCCUCGGGGGCCAUUCCGGCCUGACACGGGAAUUGUUUUCACGAGCACUGAUCUCUGCUCUAGCUCACUCAGGAUCACGAUGUUUUUACUUUAGUAGUUUAUCAUCUGAGUGGCUGGUGUUCUCGGUGUAGCUUCUCCUACAGAGGGGCAUCUUGCUUUUGCAGGGCUCCUGAGAUUUGCCACCCUCCCCCAAGUGCUGAAUUUUCACCGGGUUUGCCCUUUUUAACCUCAAUAAAAUUUAAGGGGUGGGGGGAGGAGGAGGUCGGGCACGGCCAGUUCCCUCUCUCAGAGCCCCCUGACCCCCUUCCCAAUUCCAGUCCCAGGCCUCCAGUUCCCUACGAACCCUAUCAUAGUCACCUCAGUUUCCCUGAACCCACUCCCAGUUCCCCCCGAAUCCUCCCAGGUACUCCCAAUUCCCCUAACUCCCAGUCCCCUCUGAAUCCCUCCCGGUUCUUCCCUGCGGUCCCCCCACCCGUCGCCGCUCGCGGGGGUGGUGGGGGGCGGAGGGAGUCCGUCUUCCCCCGUUUCCCCGACAAUGGUCUGUCUCGCGCGCGCUGCACGCCGGGACUUGUAGUUCAUCCUCAGUCUCGAGAACUCUGCGCACGCGCUCUUUGACUCCGCCCGUUCCUCACUUUGGCCUCGCCCCUUCCCGGCCUGGCCCCGCCCCUGGCGCACGUGACGCGGACGGUGGCCCGCGGGGGUCAGGGGGGGCAGCACCGAGACCCCCCCGGCCGCGCUCCGACAACCCCCCCCGGCACCGAGACCCCCCUUGGGCCCCCCCGGGCACCGGGACCCCCCUCGGGCAGUGAUCCAAGGACUGCACCCCUUCCCCGUUUGCUGCCUCCGGGACCCCCGAGGACACCCCCGAGACCCCCCCAAGACCCUCGAGGAGCAUACCCCCGGGCUGGCCAUGGACUGGCAACCGGACGAGCAGGGGCUGCAGCAGGUCCUGCAGCUGCUCAAGGACUCGCAGUCGCCCAACACGGCAACACAGCGCGUGGUGCAGGAUAAACUGAAGCAGCUCAACCAGUUCCCCGAUUUCAACAAUUACCUAAUUUUCGUCCUCACACGCCUCAAGUCCGAAGACGAACCCACGCGCUCCCUGAGCGGCCUCAUCCUGAAGAACAAUGUGAAAGCACAUUUCCAGAGCUUCCCGCCGCCUGUGGCCGAGUUCAUCAAACAGGAGUGUCUGAACCACCUGGGUGACAACUCCUCCCUCAUCCGGGCCACCAUCGGCAUCUUGAUCACCACCAUCGCCUCCAAAGGGGAGCUGCAGAUGUGGCCAGAGCUGCUGCCCCAGCUCUGCAACCUUCUCAACUCUGAGGAUUACAACACUUGCGAGGGGGCUUUUGGGGCCCUGCAGAAGAUUUGUGAGGACUCCUCCGAGUUGCUGGACAGUGAUGCCCUGAACAGGCCCCUUAACGUCAUGAUCCCGAAAUUCCUGCAGUUCUUCAAGCACUGCAGCCCCAAGAUCAGGUCUCACGCCAUCGCCUGCGUGAACCAGUUCAUCAUGGACCGGGCGCAGGCGCUGAUGGAGAACAUCGACACCUUCAUUGAGCACCUAUUUGCCCUGGCCGUGGAUGAGGAUCCCGAGGUGAGGAAGAACGUGUGUCGGGCGCUGGUGAUGCUGCUGGAGGUGAGGAUCGACCGCCUGCUGCCCCACAUGUACAGCAUCAUCCAGUACAUGCUGCAGAGGACCCAGGACAGUGACGAGAAUGUGGCCCUGGAAGCCUGUGAGUUCUGGCUGACACUGGCAGAGCAGCCCAUCUGCAAGGACGUGCUGACAGCGCACCUGGUGCAGCUGAUCCCAAUCCUGGUGCAUGGGAUGAGAUACUCAGAGAUCGACAUCAUCCUGCUCAAGGGGGAUGUGGAGGAGGACGAGGCUGUCCCGGACAGUGAGCAGGACAUCAAGCCGCGGUUCCACAAGUCCCGCACGGUGACGUUGGCACACGAGGAGCAGCGGGGCGGGGAUGGCGACGGGGAUGGCGAUGACGAGGACGAUGACGAGACCCUGUCGGACUGGAACCUGCGUAAGUGCUCGGCCGCCGCCCUGGACGUUCUGGCCAACGUGUUCCGGGAGGAGCUGCUGCCCCACCUGCUGCCGUUGCUCAAGGAGCUGCUGUUCCACCUGGAGUGGGUGGUCAAGGAGUCAGGAAUCCUGGUCCUGGGGGCCAUCGCUGAAGGCUGCAUGCAGGGCAUGGUGCCAUACCUGCCCGAGCUGGUGCCGCACUUGAUCCGGUGCCUGGCGGACAGGAAGGCCCUGGUUCGCUCCAUCGCCUGCUGGACCCUGAGCCGUUAUGCCCACUGGGUGGUCGCGCAGCCCCCUGAGCUCUACCUGAAGCCGCUCAUGACAGAACUGCUCCAGCGUAUCCUUGACAGCAACAAACGGGUGCAGGAGGCAGCCUGCAGUGCAUUUGCCACUCUGGAGGAGGAGGCCUGCACGGAGCUGGUGCCAUACCUGAGCUUCAUCCUGGACACGCUGGUCUUCGCCUUCGGGAAGUACCAGCACAAGAACCUGCUCAUCCUCUACGACGCCAUCGGCACCUUGGCUGACUCUGUGGGCCACCACCUCAACCAGCCGGAGUACAUCCAGAAGUUGAUGCCACCGCUCAUCCAGAAGUGGAACGAGCUCAAGGACGAAGACAAAGACCUUUUCCCACUGCUGGAGUGCCUGUCCUCCGUGGCCACGGCCCUGCAGAGUGGGUUCCUGCCCUACUGCGAGCCCGUGUACCAGCGCUGCGUCACCCUGGUUCAGAAAACCCUCGCCCAGGCCAUGAUGUACAACCAGCACCCUGAGCAAUACGAAGCCCCCGACAAGGAUUUUAUGAUCGUGGCCCUGGACCUGCUGAGUGGCCUCGCCGAGGGGCUCGGUGGCCACGUGGAGCAGCUGGUGGCCCGUUCCAACAUCAUGACGCUGCUUUUCCAGUGCAUGCAGGACACGAUGCCCGAGGUGCGGCAAAGCUCCUUCGCCCUCCUGGGCGACCUCACCAAGGCCUGUUUUGUGCAUGUCAAGCCCUGUAUCGCUGAAUUCAUGCCUAUCCUGGGCACCAACCUGAACCCUGAGUUCAUCUCCGUCUGCAACAACGCGACCUGGGCUAUUGGGGAGAUCUGCAUGCAGAUGGGAGCAGAAAUGCAACCCUACGUGCAGAUGGUCCUCACUAACCUCGUGGAGAUCAUCAACCGCCCCAACACCCCCAAAACGCUCCUGGAGAACACGGCCAUCACCAUCGGGCGCCUUGGCUUUGUGUGCCCUCAGGAGGUGGCCCCGAUGCUGCAGCAGUUUAUCCGGCCCUGGUGCACAUCGCUCCGGAACAUUCGCGACAAUGAGGAGAAGGACUCGGCCUUCCGGGGGAUCUGUGUCAUGAUCGGGGUGAACCCCGGGGGGGUUGUGCAGGAUUUCAUCUUCUUCUGCGAUGCUGUCGCAUCCUGGGUGAGCCCCAAGGAUGACCUGAGGGACAUGUUUUACAAGAUCCUGCAUGGCUUCAAGGCCCAGGUCGGUGAGGAGAACUGGCAGCAGUUUUCGGAGCAGUUCCCCCCCCUCCUCAAGGACCGACUGGCAGCAUUUUAUGGGGUCUGAGCCAGGGGGAGACCCCUUAAACAGGUCGGCACCAGGACCCCCAAGGGGACACGGCCGAGGACCCCGAGGGGGGCGGGA